AGUGACCAUGGAGUUAAUUUUCACUCAUUCUCACCAUAUACUUGCACUCUGUUUCUUUGGAUUGGUAUUGGUGAUAUCUUCUUGUACCGCCACAGAAGAGAGUUCUAAUUUUGCCACCUUUAAAGUUGAAUUCGAGACCAAACUUUCCGGACUGGAGAGUGAAAUUAAACGACUCAGACAGUCAAAUCAAGAUUUGACGGAUAGAGUUAGGCGUCUGGAGGAUUUGCUAAUGAACGCGAAUUCAGAGAGGAUAAGGUUGGCAGAAGCUGUGAGACAUCAGGAGGACAGAAUUCGACUUCUGGAGGAUUCUGGACAAGACAGUCCGCAUGCAAUGUAUCAAAACAAAACCAAAAUACUUCGCAAAUCUAUCGAUGGAAAUGGAAACGACCAAUAUGGAGUAAAGAGAAUAAUACCACCAACUACCCAACCAAUGAGUGAGCCCGUGAUUUUCUACAGUUAUAAAUCUACUAACAGUCCACCCAACUUAAGUCUUCAUCACGUGAUCGUUUUCGAUGUCAAUCCAGUAAACAAAGGACAUGGUUAUCACAAAGAUAACGGUAUUUUCGAAGCGCCAAGAUCAGGAACAUACAUGUUUCUUUGGUCUAUUUACACGUAUCCAAGAGGUUAUAUUGGUACGGAAUUGGUGGUCAAUGGUAACGUUGUAGGUGGCGCAGUGGCAGACAGUCACCCCGAUGACGGUAUCAAUAGCUGCACAGGCGUUGCCAUUGCUGAAGUUUCUGCUGGUGACCAUGUAUACCUCAGAAUUUCUCCCACAGCCGUCAAUUACAUUUGGAGUAGUUCAAAUGGAAGAUCAACUUUCUCUGGUUGGUUUUUGCAGUAAAUGGAAUACUUAGUAACCUUAUAAAAUUCUGAUUAAUAUAUGUAAGAAUUUUAGUCAGUGACUACAAUCGAA